CACCUCUUUCCCCCAUUCCAUUUUCAGCCUUCUCCUUUCUGAUCAAUCCCACCACUUUCAUCUCCUUACCGUUUUACUUCUUCCUCCAUCUGCUAUUAUUCUUCAUUACAAACCUCUCACCUAUUUACCACUAUUCUUUCUUUCUUUCUUACCAAAGUUGGUGGCUCGCUUCAAAACCAAAGGCAUUCCAGCUUUACCCGCUGCUUCAUUUCAUACCAGCGGUGGCGACUCGAUUCAAAAUCGAAGGCAUUUCAGCUUUACCUAAACCUGAGUUAAGUGAUGAAACCUUUUCUGAGGACUUCCAAAUGAAAAUUUCUUCUGUUUCAGGUCACGAAGAUAAUCAUACGAUCGAUGAGAGAAAUCUUGAAGGCUUUACUCAAAGAAGAAGCAAAACUAUUUCAAUGAACCCACCAAACGAAGUCACUGAAGACGCACAACUAUACUAUGAAGUGGGAUACUCAUCUCAUCCCAUGAUCACCAGAAGCCAAUAAAAAAGACCGCAAGAUGAAUCAAACUACUUUCUCUACUCUGUUGACGACAGGUUCGACUCACCGAAAAAACUAGCAACAGCUCUCCGGCGCUUUAGGUUAUCUCGUCCGGAGGAAAUAACAUUCAGACUUUACCUUAAGAGGGCCAUCAAGUUCCACAACAAAUAUAACAGAUCGCUCUCGGCUUCAAUUGGGAUCCCUCAAAAUAAUUUCAAUUGUUGAUGUAUCAUUUUCUAUCUCUUCCUUUGUUUUGUUCUUCUUGUUCAUCAUUUGGAUUCUCAACCCUUUGUACUCAAACUUUAUUUUAAUAAAUUAGGGAGGUGUUCCCCGGCACUCCCCCACCUCGUGUGGCUUUAACCGGGUUUAAAAAAAA